AAAAAUGUCAGAAUGUAAUGUGGCAUCUAUUGGACGUAGUGGAACAACACUUAUUCACGAAUGGGAUAUCUCCUAACUACAGUUCGUGGGUACAUCACGGAGAACCACCUAACUAUGACCAAUAUGUAACAGRCACUCRUCCGUCCCAAGAGAACAUAAAUAGAGAGUGUAAUGUUACCAGAGAACAAGAUGAGAUGUCUGAGUUUCUAAAUGAUUUGAGAGGUCCGAUGGUAGAAGAUGAUGAAGAUGAAGAAGACUUUGCCUCUGGGAUGCUGACACAAGGUUUUGAAAGGGACAAUUCGAACGAGUUUGAGGACUUGAUGAAGGAAGCAACUAAAGAAUUGUACCUUGGUUGUACAAAAAUAAACUCGUUAAAUUUUUUGAUUAAGUUGAUGCACAUCAAGGUGCUAAAUAAGUGGAGUAAUAAAUCAUUUGAUAUGUUACUCGAAUUAUUGAAGGUAGCAUUUCCAGACAGUACGAACAUAUCUAGUUCAUUCUAUGAAGUGAAAAGGAAACUGCGUGUGUUAGGAUUAGGAUACGAGUCCAUCCACGCUUGCAAGUACGAUUGUGUAUUGUUUUGGAAAGAAUUUGCAAACUUCGAAGUGUGUCCAAAAUGUGGUGAGUCACGGUACAAAGAUACCGGUGAUAGUAGUAAAAAGAUCCCUCAUAAGAUAUUGCGCCAUUUCCCAUUGAUACCCAGGUUGAAGCGAUUGUACUCAUCGAAACAUACAACAUUUGAAAUGAGAUGGCAUAAGGAAAAGCGGGUUGAUACAGAGGGUGUGCUACGACAUCCAGAUGAUGCUACUGGGUGGAAGCAUUUGGAUACUGAAUUCCCUCAUUUUGCAUCAGAUCCUAGAAACGUUCGACUGGCUCUAGCUUCUGAUGGAUUCAACCCAUCAAGUAACAUGAACCAUUCGUAUAGUAUGUGGUCGGUUAUACUUGUACCGUAUAAUUUGCCACCCUGGAAAUGCAUGAAAGAACCAUAUUAUUUUAUGUCCUUGCUCAUACCUGGACCUAAGUCGCCUGGAAAAGAUAUUGAUGUAUAUUUGCAACCGUUGAUUGAGGAGUUGAAGGAGUUAUGGACCAAUGGUGUACGCACGUAUGAUUGUUUCAGUGGAGAAUAUUUUAAAAUGCAUGCAGCUUUGCUAUGGACCAUUAAUGACUUCCCUGCAUAUGGCGAUUUGUCUGGAUGGAGUACCAAAGCUAUCAAGCAUGUCCUAUUUGUAAAGAAGAUACAUCAUCGUUUAGAAUACGUGGUAAAAUAUCACUCAUGGGUCAUCGUCGUCAUCUUCCAGAAAUGCAUAGUUGGCAUAGGAGUAAAUGUCAUGAUGGAAAGAUUGAACGUAGGCUUCCUCCAGCCAUAAUGGAUGGAGAUGAGAUUCUUCAUGAAGUGACCUAUUUGAAAUUUCCCCCAUUUGGUAAGCAUCCAUCAAAUGCUAAAAAGAAGCGAAAGCGUGAUUCUAAUUGGACAAAAAGGAGUAUAUUUUUUGAACUUCCUUAUUGGUCGAAACUCUUGUUAAGGCAUAAGCUUGAUGUGAUGCACAUUGAGAAAAAUGUGUGUGAUAGCUUAGUUAGCACUUUGUUGAGUAUUGAAGGUAAAUCUAAGGAUACAUCAAACGCUCGUUUGGAUUUACAAGAUUUAAAAAUACGCAAAAAGUUACACUUACAGAAACAAGGUAAUAAGUAUCUGAAACCUCAAGCUACGUACACUCUUACAAGAAGGGAUUGGAUAGAAUUUUGUAAGUUCCUUAAAUCUAUCAAAUUUCCUGAUGGAUUUGUUUCAAAUAUAUCUCGAUGUGUUAGCGUUGAAGAUGGAAGAAUAUGGGGAUUGAAAACUCAUGAUUGUCAUGUGUUACUCCAACGAAUUCUUCCUAUCGGUAUUCGAGCAUACGUACAAAAAGAUGUGAGUACAUCUAUUGUUGAACUAUGUAAAUUCUUUCGUGAUUUAUGCGCGAAGAUAAUAUCCACAAGUGAUUUAGAUCGUUUAGAAGCUGAUAUAGUACUCAUACUUUGUAAGUUGGAGAAGAUAUUUCCCCCAGCAUUUUUUGACGUCAUGAUACACCUUGCCGUUCAUUUACCUUACGAAGCAAAAGUAGUUGGUCCUGUUAGUUACAGUUGGAUGUAUCCUAUCGAGARAAGCUUGUGGACUUUGAAACAAUACGUUACAAACAAGGCUCGUCCAGAGGGUUCAAUAGCAGAAGCCUUUGUCAUGAAUGAAGCGUUGACUUCCUGUUCAUUGUAUCUAACAGGCAUUGAGACUAGACUUAAUAGGGACGAACGGAACGAUGAUAUAUUAACUGAUAAUGAGAUUUGUGGGAAGUUUGACAUAUUUAGACAGAGCGCACGACCAUUAGGGUGCCCGACAUUGCGUAGACUAUCUGAUGAUGAGAAAAGAAUAGUUCACUGGUAUGUACUGAACAAUUGCGCAGAAAUAGAAUCUUAUCGCAAGUACAUUUCCAUUGCAUUUAUUAAUGAAGCAUGCAUACUCCAUAAUCUAUUGAAUUUAUGUUUUGCUUCUAACAAAAGGCAAUAUUUGAGCAUGCUUCGACCUUGGGCAGUAAGCACGGCAGACUUAUAUAGAAAUCACCAAUUACAGUUUCCCGAUUGGUUUAAAUCUCAAGUUUUAGAACUACGAAAAGAUGGAAAUAUAUCUGAUGAUCACUACUCUUUAGCUCACGCAGUUAUAGUGGUUGCAUUGUGAAUCGUACACGUUUUCACAAUACAGAGCGGGAUACGCGUCGAGUAACACAAAAUAGUGGAGCCAUGGUGUCAGGAGAUACUGAAGGAGAUGAUAAGAAUUUCUAUGGUGUCUUGAGCGAGGUUUUAUACUUGGACUACUGUAUUAGAAGACGUGUCAUGACAUUUAAAUGUAACUGGUUCGACACGGAUGUGAAAAAAAAACGAUCAGUAGUAGAUUUAGGAUUUGGAACGAUCGAUACGUCUCACUACUGGUAUGUGGAUGACCCAUUUAUCCUUGCUAGUCAGGCCCAACAGGUUUUCUACGUGGACGAUCCUAAAUUGGGAAAAAAUUGGAAGGUAGUGCAGAUAGUUCAAAAUAAACGUUUGUGGGACGUCCCAGAACUAGAUGAUGUGGAUAAUGAUGAAGUUAAUCUGUUAGAGAUAGAAGGUGGUAUUACCAUCGAUCAAACUAUUGCAGAUAGUUCUUACUAUAGAGAUGACGUUACUCCAACUGUUGUUGAUCUACAAAUCAUUGAAGAAAGAGUUAACACGGGUCCACCAUUGAACAUAGACGAUAGUUUUAUAAAUGACGAAGAGCAGAAUGUUGAAGUAUCUCAUUCUAAAAGUUCAGAGACUUUAGAAUCAAAUGAAUUUGAAAGUGAUUAAGUAUGGCUCGAAACACACAAGGGGAGGCCGAAGAUAUAUUCAAGCAAGGGCAACGGGAGGAAGUUUGGGAGACGACUCCCAAGACAUCCCUUCCAGUAGUGCUACUCAGUCUCAUAAGGGACGGGGAGUAACUCGGUGUGUACAAUUGACAAGGAGGUGGGAAAAGAUGGGCCUGUCUCUAUUGUAAUGGACGAGUUCUCACAGAAGCCAAUAUGCAAGAAUGCCACACGCAUGUCAAAUGCCAUAAGAUCCAUUGUUCGAGAGAAUUUCGACCCAGCACUGUACUCCCGUUGGUUGGACGUACCGAUGGAAGUUAGGGAUGCAGCAAAACAACGCAUAGUGAAUUUGUUCAAGGUGAACAUGUCACAGGCGAUAAUAAGGAAGUAUGUACACACAGCACUACGAACAACAUUUAAGGAGUUUAGGGCAGAAUUGCAUGCCCACUACAAAGAAAAUGGACCUCCCAAUGUAGCUCGGGAGAAACCUCAUGCUAGAAUCACGAAGUUGCAGGAUUGGCACAAGUUGUGCGACAGAUGGGAGACUCCAGAUUGGAAGGAAAAAUCAGGAAAAGCCAAGAGAAGUAGAGCGAAGUUACCAUACAACCAUCGGGCUGGGUCAAAAUCUUUCGGUCGCCUGCAACACGAAUUGAAAGAACGGAGGGGUGUCGAGAUCGGCCCCAUAGAAAUGUUUAAAGAGACCAGGCAUCCAGACAAAGGGUGGGUCUCUGGAGGGGAAUCGACAUAUGUAAGGGUUAAGUCGUCGUAUUCGUUAUGGGAGUACAUGAUAUUAAAAUAGUAUGUUACAUGUAACUCACCUUUCGUUUACACGACGCAUUGAUGGCCAUGAAGAACGCACCUGUAUCCGAAGGUGCAGACCCACCCACAGACAAAGAUUGUUGUCUCGCGGUUUUUGGUUCUCAAUCUGGAUUCGUUGCGAAUAUGGGGUUAUGCCCACCGCCAUUAGCACGCGGUGGACGAAGCUCGUCGCAACUGGAGGAAUUGAGGGAGACUAGCGACCAGUUGAGGCAAACAAACGAAGAGCUGAAAGAGACAAACGAAGAGCUGAAAGAGACAAAAGAGGAUCUGAGGCAAACAAAAGAAGAGUUGAGAGAGACGAGAGAUCGACAGAAUGUCUCAAAUGAAUGAUUGAGCAAGAAUGAAGAAAUUCUAAAUAAAAUGCAAAAGCAUGAAGCAGAAAUGCGUAACGAGUUGAACAUCUUCAGUCGUGCAAUGGCACAAAUCAUGAGUCAACAAAGCUCAGAACUCGAUUCGCCGUUUGGAUAGGUACUUUUGGGAAUUACUAUUCUGCAAGGCUUCACGUGUUAGAAGAUUAGAUAGGUGAAACUUUUUUGGAUAGGUGCAACUUUUGUAGACGGGUGCAACUUUUGUAGAGAUGAAGUUUUUGUGCAACUUUUGUUGUGAUGUAAUAUUUUAUUAUUACAUCCUCAACGAUUGUAACGUACAUAAAUUAGGGAUACAAAUUUUGUAACAUA